AUGACGGUGAGGGACGGUGCCGCAGUGGGUCAGUGCUCGGACAACACUAAAUGGGUAACGUACAAGCGCAAUUCUUACUACGUUUCCUCUGAGUGGAAGAACUGGGUUGACAGCAGACGAGACUGUUUGCAGAGAGGAGCAGAUCUGAUCAUCAUAAACAACAAAGAGGAACAAGAAUUUAUUACAAAAGUUAUUAGUGGAAACAUUGUGUGGAUUGGUCUGACUGACAGUGAUAAUGAGGGGGUCUGGAAGUGGGUUGAUGGCAGCGCACUGACCACUGGGAUCUGGAGUUACUGGGGGCCCAAUGAGCCCAAUAGCAGAGUUGGAGAUGAGGACUGUGUUGUAUCUCACGAUGACUGGGCUGAUUAUCCAUGUAAUUACACAUUUGUAUGGAUUUGUGAGAGGAAUUAAGAGGUUUAACAAAGCUGUUACGUUAAAUCUGUCCAUCCAAAGUAAAGCAGUAACCAAAUAAAUGUGCUGUAAUGUGCAAAACAGAAAGAAAAGUUAGGGUUGUUAUUAUUUUUAAUGAAUGUUUGAUGCUCAUUUUAAUAAUAUUCAUAGAAAAAUGAGAAGAUAUUAAAACAAUUAUGCAACCUCUUGUGUGUAAUAUUUCUCAAUUUGUCUUUAUUUAAUAAACAGAGAACAAGUGAUUCACCAUAACAACUCACUCAUAUACACUCACCAAGGCAUUUUAUUAGGUACCUUGUCAGUUCCGGCCCGGGUUGCACCCCCUUCUGCCUUCAGAACUGCCUUAAUUCAUCCUGAAACAGAUUCAAUAAGGUGCUAGAAACAUUCCCCAGAGAUUUUGGUUCAUAUUGCAGAUUUGUCAGCUGCAUAUCCAUGAUACAAAUCUCCUGUUCCAGCACAUCCCAAAGGUGCUCUAUUGGAUUGAGAUCUGGUGUUUGUGAAGGCCAUUUGAGUAGUUAACUCAUUGUAUAUAACAAUACUUAGGUAGACUGUGGCAUUUAAACAAUGCUCAAAGGGGCCCAAAAUGUGCCAAGAAAAUAUCCCCCACGCCAUUACACCACCAGCAGCAGCCUGAACCUUUGAUACAAGGAAGGAAGGAUUUGUUUUCUAUGCCAAAUUCUCACCUUAAGAAAAAAGGAAGGUAAGCCUGUGCGAACUGUAGCAUCAGUUUCUUGUACUUAUCUGACUCAGCUGACAAGUGGAGUGUUACAAACUGUGAAACAGCUGUUGGACUCUAAUAUCAACACUUUUAUCAGUCAAUCAUUC